AUGAGAGGUUCUGUUGGAUCUUUCCUAAAGAUGCAGAACGUCCUAUUUGGGUUCCUGAGCACUGUGUACAUCCUGGCAUUAUGGACACUGGUACAGAUGGAAACGCCCACAGGCAACAGGUUAAAACCCGGCUGCUGGCCUAGGAGGAACUGGCGUGCCUUCGCCCACAGCAGGAGGAACCUGCUGGCACCAUUCAGCAGAGUGAAUCAACUUCAGGACAAGUGGCAGCAUGGUCCAUUCCACAUUGGCUUCAGGGGUGGAGCCUGCGAGGAGACCAGUGGGAAGCUGCUUGUGUCAAACCUGGAUUUCCGAGUGUCUGAUGAUGAUAUUCAGGAACUCUUUGCUGAAUUUGGGAGGUUGAAAAAAGCCUCUGUGCGCUAUGAUCGCUCUGGACGAAGUUUGGACAAAGCAGAUGUGCACUUCGAAUGCAAAGCAGAUGCACUGAAGGCUAUGAAACAGUACAAUGAUGUCCCUCUGGAUGGCCGCCCUAUGAAGAUCCAGCUUGUCACCUCACAGUUUGGUAUGCAAGGAAGACCUGCACAAAGCAUGAACAGAAGGGGCAUGACAGGAAACCCUGGCUCUAGAGGUUUUGGUGGUGGAGGCACCAGGAGAUGGACACGUGGAGGCUACAGGGGAGGAGGUAGAGGGGCCAGCAGCAACUCGAAGCAGCAGCUUAGUGCAGAGGAGUUGGACACACAGAUGGAUGCUUAUAGAGCCAUGAUGGACACCAACUAA